UGUCAUCUGUGUUUGAGAAUAGAAAGAAAGCAUUGUUGCAGCAGAAGUUCUAAUUUACAAGAAGAAAUACAUUUAAUUGAAUUAGUUUUAAUAAGAAAAGCAGAAAAAUGAUUUAAUUUGGAACCAUUUGUUAAAAAAUAAAAAAAAAACUAAUUAAUUAUUCAAAUAAAAAAUUCGAAUUGAAACGUUUUAAACAAAAAUCGAUACGAUAUUACAGUAUUUAUAGGUAAAGUUUUGUGUUCGUGUUUUUUUGUUUAUGAAUUAUUAAACGCUUUAUAACAACAAUAUAGUAUAAAUUAAAAAAAAAAAAAUGAAUAUCCAUCCACCAAGGGGUACACUAGCCAGAGCUAUAUACGCAAAGUUUCACAAUGAUUUUUAUUUGGACAAAUACGACACUCGAUUGUGGUAUAGUAUUAACACAGACCAUCCAUUUGCUUAUCAUAGCUCAUUUGUGCCCUUAGAGGAACCUGAUGAUAUUACUUUACAAUGGUUGGAGAAAGCUAAAGAUAGUUCUACUAACAUAUGGUUACACUUGUGGCAUGCUUUUGCACGUAUUGCUCUACAACUAUUUAUGACUCAAACGGAUAUUAAUGGUUUUUUGAAAAGAGGUUCAAUGUUUAUUUUAUCGGAACAACAGUUUGCUCUACUGUUAAAGGAGGGUGGCUUCGAUAGUGGACGACACGAGAGGGUAAGAUUUGUUGAUAUUGGAGCGGGUGAUGGUGAAAUAUCGGCAGUUCUACUCAAAGCUCUUAAAAUUUCAAAUGCUGAUGUCAUAGUAGAUCCUUUUGCUACAGAAGCUAGUUGGACAAUGCGCGAACGCUUAAAGAAACGUAACUUUAGUGUGUUGGAGCGUUUAGAUGAACUAAACAAUGUUCAAUUGGUGUCUUGUUUAAAUGUUUUGGACCGCUGUAUCGAUCCCAUUCAACUACUCGAAGACAUACAUACGAUUUUAGCUCCGAAUGGACGUGCUAUUAUAGCUUUAGUACUACCUUACAUGCACUAUGUGGAAUGCAAUUCAUCGCAUAUGCCUAUACGUCCUUUAAUGUCACAUUGGCCUGAUAAAGCCAAACAAUAUUCCUUUGAAUCGGAGGCAGCCAUAUUCUUUCGAGUUUUGGAAAAUAUAGGCUUUCAGGUGGAAGCCUGGACAAAAGCUCCCUAUUUGUGUGAAGGCGACCUAAGACAAUCAUAUUAUUGGUUAAUCGAUUUAGUAGUAGUGGUCUCAAAAAAGUCCUAGCUACAUUUUUAAAAGCAACUGAGUGUGUGUACUAAACAAAUUUAACGCACAACCUAAACAAACCUAAAUACAUACAACAAGUAAAACAAAUCUACUUUAUUUCUAUAUAUAGAUACUACUACUCUAAUUAUUAUUAAAUAUAAAGUUAGUUAUAUUUUUAUCUUUAUUAUUUGAUAUUCUUAUAUUGAAUGGCAUUUAAAUGUUACUUAACUGAAUUUACAUACACAUGCAAAGAUAAUGAUAAAAAAAAAUUAAAUCCUAUAUAAAUGCGUUUAUAUAUACAAACAUUCAAACAUAUAUCACAAAGAGCCUUUGCUAUCUACAUAUUUAAAUAAAUCUAAAAAAUGUUAUUGCCAAAAUCUACAUGAUAAGGAAAAGAAAAACCAAAUCAUUUUUAGAGUUGCUAAAUGUUAACGAAAAAUAUUGUUUUCUAUAAAAGGGUGCUACAAAACUGUCUACUUAAAAACUUAAUGAAUUAAAUACAUAGGGUAAUAAACUGUAUAAAUGACAAAAAAAA